AUGUCGACCUCGUCAAGUCAGGCGCAGAAAACUGCCGUCCCAUCCACAGGCGCUGUCUCAACACCCAACAAGACGCCUCCCAACAAGCACUUCCGUGGCGGAGUCGUCACAGCCAUCGUUGGCCCAGAUAAGAAAGAAUUUACCGUCCACAGAGAUCUUCUGGUGUUCUAUUCCGACUACUUUCGUGCAGCUUUCAACGGGUCAUUCAUAGAAGCCACCAAUAAAAAGAUCGAUCUGUUGGAUGUCAAUCAAGAGGUGUUCGAGCACUUUAUCACUUGGCUCUACACACGCAAGAUCGCUUCCGAUGAUGACCAGUACCUGGGCUGGGAUGAUCUUGUCAACCUCUGGGUUUUUGGCGAUCAAUUCCAGGUACCCAUGCUGCAGAACUGUGUCAUGGACGAAUUAUUCGCCAAAGGAAACCGCAGUAAACUGGGUUUGCGACUCUCAGCGACCAAACCUGCAUACGAGAAGACUGCACAUGGGUCACCACUUCGCAAAGCCAUAAUCGAGCUCUUGGUCUACAGAUCUGAGCUCGCAAACGCAGACUUUAGUGAACUUUUCACCUUUGAGAUACUCCAGGACAUCAUGCGAGAGACGAUAAUCGCUCGUAAGAACAAGGUUGCAUGUGCCACAGCUCCCAAGAGAGACAAAUGCUUCUUCCAUGUGCAUGGCAAGGAUGAGCAUUGCUGA